AUGACAUUCCAGCCGCCGGCGCCCUGGCUCGGCGGGAGGCUCCUCCGCAGCCUACGCGCCGCGAGCCUAUCCUGGCCGGCUCGCCCCCCCUCCUCGCCCGACCGAAGGAGCUGCGAGGCCGCAGCGCUCACCUGUCCGCGCACCGGCCCCGCCCCGCCCUGGCUGCCCGGCUCGCGGUCCAGGGGUCGGCGGCCCCCGGCUCGCUGCCGCCCCAAGCUCCCCAGCUCCCCCUCUCACCGGCUCCUGGGUAGAAGCAGUAGGUGCGCGGGGCUGGGGGCGCUGAGGGGACGACGCGCCUCAGCGGUUUCCUCCUCGCGGUUCGCUCCGCAGACGGUAGUGGCAGCGACGCGCGCGCCCCACCUCUUUUAUAGGCGGCCACAACCGUUCCGGCGGCGCGCGGGCGCGAGCGCGGGGGAAGUGCUCCGUCGCGGCGCGAGGGGCGUGGGCGAGCUCCAGCAGAGCAAAGGGGGCGGAGCUCCCGCCGGUUUGCGUCCCGAUCAGCCGGCGGAAAAGGCCGAGUGCUCCCGGAAGCAGCCGAAGCAGCGAUCGUGGGCAAGAGCCGAGCCUCGGGAGCUCAGCGAGAGAGAAUCUUCUGCACCCCACCCCUCCGCCCCUGGGAACCCUUCCAGGACUGCAGCGAAAGGCGGGGCUGGAGCCGUCGCUGCAGUGUGUCUGGGGAUGCUGCGCGUCCUGACCGGAAAAACGCCCUGUCCCAAAGGAUGAGAUCACGCGGAGGCCUCUCUUCCUCCUGGCCCCUUUCGCUAGAGGUGGAGCCUACGCUAAUGGGAGCUGGGGGCUGGCUGGGGUCAAGAAACUCAGGGUGAUUUGGGGCUCCGGGUUUGAGGAGAUGGCGAGAAAAGGCCAAAUAAAAAUAAAGUCGACCAAA